AUGGGAGGCAGGCUUUCCGGGCAGCGGGAACGGAGGUGGGCCUGGCGGGUCCGCGCUGCCUCGGGGCUGCAGCCCGGGUCCCCGCCCGCCCCAGCGCCCGCCGCCGGCCGGCUGAGCCCCGCGCCUCCGUCCUGGGCCGCGGUGGCCGGAGCUUUGGCCCCCGCACUCCUGCUGCUGCAGAAUGUGCCCUACAGGACCUCGGUGCCCGAGGGCUUCGGAGUCGGCACCAUGAUGAUUGUUCGUGGUGUUGUGCACACCAGGGCUGACAGGUUCUACAUAAACCUGCUGUGCGGUGACGAGCCGAAGAGUGAGACCGUCCUGCAUUUCAACCCCCGGCUGGAUGAAUCCUCGGUGGUCUUCAACAGCCUGGAGUGUGGUGCCUGGGGGUCGGAGGAGCGUGGCUUAAGCAUUCCCUUCCAGCGUGGGCAUCCCUUCUACCUGCUCCUCAUCGCCAGCAGAAAAGGCUUCAAGGUUGUGGUCGCGGACUCGGAAUACCACCACUUUGUCUACCGGCUCCCACCAGAGCGCGCGUGCGUUGUGGAGAUUGGCGGGGACGUGCAGCUGGAGUUGGUGGAGAUCUUCUGA